UAGAACGGUCGAUUAGACUUUGACAGUGGAUAGAAUUGGAGAGAGAGAGAGAGAGAGAGAGAGCUUCUGAACCUGCCGUUGCUUCCCACCAUGGAAGCUAUGCCUUUCUCGGCGGUUGCAUCCCGCCAUAUCUCUGCCUCUUCUCCUUCUUUGUCAACACACAGAAGCCUCUGCAGCUCCAGAAAUUGUAGAAGCAACUCAUGCUCCUCCUGGACGAGUUCAAACCUCUCCACCGUGCUCCCUCCGAGAAACUUGUUUACUAGGCAGAUUUGGGGUUGGGUGAAUUCCAAGAGAUCUAGUGUUAGAAGAAAAAUGCGCGGCGUCGUCAGAGCGGAAAUGUUUGGGCAGCUGACUAGUGGUCUCGAAGCAGCUUGGAACAAGCUUAAAGGAGAAGAGGUUUUGACCAAGGAAAAUAUUGCUGAACCUAUGCGAGAAAUUAGGAGAGCUCUUCUAGAAGCCGAUGUAAGCCUUCCUGUUGUGAGAAGAUUUGUACAGGCUGUGAGUGAUCAAGCUGUUGGUCUUGGCUUGAUCAGGGGAGUGAGACCAGAUCAGCAGUUGGUCAAACUUGUGCAUGAUGAACUUGUGAAGUUGAUGGGUGGAGAGGUAUCUGAACUUGUUUUUACAAAAUCUGGCCCCACAGUAAUAUUGCUGGCUGGUCUGCAAGGUGUUGGAAAGACAACUGUGUGUGCAAAGUUGGCUUUGUAUCUUAAAAAGCAGGGGAAAAGUUGCAUGCUGGUAGCUGGUGAUGUAUAUAGACCUGCUGCAAUUGACCAACUUGUCAUUUUAGGUGAACAGGUGGGUGUGCCUGUUUAUACAGCAGGGACUGAGGUUAAACCUUCAGAAAUAGCCAGGCAAGGUUUAGCAGAGGCCAAAAAGAAGAACACAGAUGUGGUCAUAGUGGAUACUGCUGGAAGACUUCAGAUCGACAGAGCGAUGAUGGAUGAAUUGAAAGAAGUGAAGGCAGCAUUGAAUCCAACUGAAGUUUUGCUUGUCGUGGAUGCAAUGACUGGACAAGAAGCUGCAGCCUUGGUCACAACAUUCAAUCUUGAGAUUGGGAUUACUGGUGCCAUUUUGUCAAAGCUGGAUGGCGAUUCUAGAGGUGGAGCAGCUUUGAGUGUUAAAGAGGUGUCAGGAAAGCCAAUCAAGCUGGUAGGACGGGGAGAGCGUAUGGAGGACCUUGAACCUUUCUACCCUGAUCGUAUGGCAGGACGCAUCUUAGGAAUGGGAGAUGUUCUCUCUUUUGUGGAGAAGGCCCAAGAAGUUAUGCGCCAAGAAGAUGCUGAAGAAUUGCAAAAAAAGAUAAUGAGUGCAAAAUUUGACUUUAAUGACUUCUUAAAGCAAACUCGUGCUGUUGCACGAAUGGGCUCCAUGACUCGUGUUAUUGGAAUGAUCCCUGGUAUGGGGAAGGUGACGCCUGCACAAAUUCGAGAAGCAGAGAGGAGUCUGAAGAUAAUGGAAGCUAUGAUUGAAGCAAUGACUCCUGAGGAAAGGGAGAAACCGGAAUUGUUGGCAGAAUCUCCUACUCGGAGGAAGAAGAUUGCCCAAGACUCUGGGAAAACAGAGCAGCAGGUAAGCCAACUUGUUGCACAAAUUUUCCAAAUGCGUGUUCGUAUGAAGAAUUUAAUGGGUGUAAUGGAAGGAGGAUCUAUUCCUGCACUUAGUAAUCUUGAGGAGUCGCUUAAAGCAGCGCAGAAGGCACCACCUGGUACUGCAAGGAGGAAGAGGAGGUCUGUGUCAAGAAGUCAAUUUCCGGACACAGCACCAGAUAGGCCAAGGCCUCGUGGUUUUGGGGCCAGAAACUGAGAACCCAACUUUUGCAUAUGGACACCCCAAUGGAAACUUGGGUUGAUGAAUUGUUAGCAGUCUGCUUAAUGCUUAUUUGCACGUCUCCAGCUGCCAUUCUCACUGUGAAUUCUAUGGUUGUAUAAAAGAUGUUCCUAUGACAGGUACCCUAACCAAAUGCUGUAUAUUUGAACAUUGCUGGAGCACUUCAUUUGAGAGACUUGUGCUUGAAAUAGUUGUAAAAAAAAAAAAAAAGAUGUUAGCAA